CGUUGAAAAAUUUUUAAAUUGAAAAGCUGCCGUGCAUUUUAGUGAUGUUCAUCAGCAAUAAAAAGCUUCAGAAAACACAUUUUGAUUUUGCUUUAAGCUGUUUUGCAACUUUUUGUAGGAAUAUAGUCAAGCAAAGAGCGCCGUACGGACGUUUCCUAGCAAAAGAAACGAAUUUGCUAUUUUUAAGUGAAAAAUCGAAAAGCGAAUCUCGCAAAAUGUUGACGCCAACAACAAAGUUAAAUAAUGACGUCGAAAUGCCUAUUAUUGGAUUUGGCACUUGGCGCAUGCCAGCGAACGAUGUGACACGUUUGGUGAAGGAGGCUAUCGAUGUUGGCUACCGGCACAUUGACUGCGCCGACAGUUAUGGCAAUCAAAAGGAGGUUGGCCUGGCAAUUGAGGAGAAAAUCAAAGAGGGUGUUGUGGAGCGCAAGGAUCUAUUUAUCACCGGCAAGUUGUGGAACACAAAACACGCUCCGGAAUUAGUGUGUGCGGCAUGCGAGAACGCUUUGAAUUUGCUGAAAAUCAACUAUUUCGAUAACUAUCUCAUACACUGGCCCACUGGUUUUGCUGAUAGCGAGGAAAAUUAUCCCAAAGACAAAGAUGGCAACACCAUUUACACCGACAUUGAUUAUGUGGACACUUGGUGUGCCAUGGAGGCCUUGGUAGAUAAAGGUCUUUGCAGAUCGAUUGGUUUGUCCAAUUUCAAUAUUGCACAACUGCAGCGUGUGCUGGCUGUGGCGCGUAUAAAACCCGCCAAUUUGCAAGUGGAAUGCCAUCCAUAUCUAAAUCAAAGCAAAUUGAUGGAUUUCUGUAGUAAAUAUAACAUUGUAAUAACCGCUUACAGUCCUUUGGGUUCACCACACUCACCCUACGAUAAGCCAGGCACACAUAAGCUGCUGCAACAUCCGUUAAUUGUGCAGUUGUCGCAAAAGUAUCAAAAGGCACCGGCACUGGUGUUGCUGCGCUAUCAGGUGCAGCGCGGUAAUGUCAUAAUAACCAUGUCUACAAAACGUCAACAUAUGGCUGAUAACCUAAAUGUAUGCAACUUCGAAUUGACUGAUGCAGAGAUGUUCGAAAUUAACGGUCUCAAUUUUAAUGGACGCUACAAUCUAAUGCAGAAUGCUAAAGGACAUCCACAUCAUCCAUUUGAAAAUGAACAAAAUUAGUUCGGCUGGUAAUGCCAGCAAAAACUGAAAACCUAUGUAGCUGUGAAUUAUUUAUAAGGUUUAUAUGAAUUUAUUAUGGUUAUUUAAUUUAUUUUUUUUUAUUUUUUU